AUGGAGGGACAGACCCCAGGAGACAGAGGCCUUUCGGAAAAGCCGGUCCCCACGGCCGCCCGCCCCAGUCUGUCCUCACUGGGCGCUGUCUUCAUUCUCCUGAAGUCUGCGCUGGGCGCCGGCCUGCUCAGCUUCCCGUGGGCCUUCCACAAGGCGGGUGGGGUGGCCCCCGCUUUCCUAGUGGAGCUGGUCUCCUUGGUCUUCCUGAUCAGCGGGCUGGUCAUCCUGGGCUAUGCCGCCUCCGUCAGUGGCCAGGCCACCUACCAGGGCGUGGUUGGAGGGCUGUGUGGCCCCACCAUCAGGAAGCUGUGUGAGGCCUGCUUCAUCAUCAACCUGCUCAUGAUCUCCGUGGCCUUCCUCAGGGUGAUCGGGGACCAGCUGGAGAAGUUGUGUGACCUGCUCCUGCCCGGCGCCCCGCCAGCCCCGCAGCCCUGGUACACAGACCAGCGCUUCACGCUGACGCUGAUUUCCGUGCUGGCCAUCCUGCCCCUCUCUGCCCCACGUGAGAUCGGCUUCCAGAAAUACACAAGCAUCCUAGGCACCCUGGCCGCCUGCUACCUGGCCCUGGUCAUCGUGGCACAGUACUACCUUGGGCCCCAAGACCUCGCUCGUGAGCCCCGCCUGGCGUCGAGUCCUUCCUCCUGGGCCUCCGUGUUUAGUGUUUUUCCCACCAUCUGCUUCGGAUUUCAGUGUCAUGAAGCUGCCGUGUCCAUCUACUGCAGCAUGCGCCACCAGAGCCUCGGGCACUGGGCCCUCGUCUCCGUGCUGUCCUUGCUGGCCUGCUGCCUUGUCUACUCGCUGACAGGCGUGUACGGCUUCCUGACCUUCGGGACAGACGUUUCUGCUGACAUCCUGAUGUCCUACCCAGGCAACGAUGGGCUCAUCAUCGUUGCCCGGGUCCUCUUCACUGUGUCCAUCGUGACUGUCUACCCCAUCGUGCUCUUCCUGGGGAGGUCAGUGAUGCAGGAUUUGUGGAGGAGGGGCUGCUGCUGGGCGUGUGGGCCCCAGCCCCUGGCCGAGCCCUCGGGGCCAUGGGUCCGGAUGUCGCUGACCGUCCUGUGGGUCACCGUGACGCUCACCAUGGCCCUGUUCCUGCCCGACCUCAGCGAGAUCAUCGGCAUCAUCGGGGGCGUCAGCUCCUCCUUCAUCUUCAUCUUCCCAGGUCUGUGCCUCAUUUGUGCCAUCAGCGUGGAGCCCGUAGGACCCCGAGUUAAGUGCUUCCUGGAGGCCUGGGGGGUGGUCUCCGUGCUCGUCGGCACGUUCGUCUUCGGGCAGAGCACGGUGGCGGCUGUCAUGGAGCUGCUCUGA